GCAGUGCUCAUCCCGACCUCCCGGUGCUCGAGGAGAUCGAGUGCUCAUCCCGACCUCCCGGUCCCAUCCCGGGCUCCUGCGCUGCUCCUGCCUCUGGAAGGAUGUCGGAGGGGGUGGAUCUGAUUGAUAUCUACGCUGAUGAGGAGUUCAACCAGGACUCAGAGUUCAGCAGUGCAGACCAGAUGGACCUGUACGAUGAUGUCCUGGCUGUCAGCUCCCAGCCCCCCGAGAGCCGCAGCUCCGAACCCCCCCCCGAGAUCCGUCAGGAGCCGUCCCCCAAGCCCCACAGCAAGGCCCCGGCCAUCCUAUACACCUACAGUGGGCUGCGCAACAAGAGGGCUGCUGUCUACGUGGGCAGCUUCUCCUGGUGGACAACUGACCAGCAGCUGAUCCAAACCAUCCGCUCUGUUGGUGUCUAUGAUGUGGUGGAGCUGAAGUUCGCCGAGAACCGAGCCAAUGGCCAGUCCAAAGGGUACGCAGAGGUGGUGGUUGCCUCUGAGAACUCAGUGCACAAGCUGCUGGAGCUGCUGCCUGGCAAGAUGCUCAACGGGGACAAGGUGGAGGUGAGGUUGGCCACCCGACAGAACCUGUCCCAGUUCGAGGCCCAGGCUCGCAAACGUGUGCCUCCCAGGGCCCAUUCCCGGGAUUCCGUGGACUCCGUGGAUGGCAGAGCCACCCCAACAGAGAACGCUCUGCCCGCAGCCCGCCCGGAUAAACCCCCUUCGGUCCUCCCCUUCUUCAACCGCCCCCCAACCGCCCUGCCCCUUAUGGGGCUGCCCCCUCCACCGAUGCCACCGCCCCCCCCCUUGUCCUCUGGCUUCGGUGUCCCCCCGCCCCCCCCCGGCAUCCACUACCAGCAUCUCAUGCCCCCCCCGCCUCGACUGCCCCCACACCUCGCGGUGCCCCCCCCGGGGGCUGUGCCCCCUGCCCUACACCUCAACCCUGCCUUCUUCCCCCCCCCCAACGCGGCGCUGGGUCCUCCACCGGACACCUAUGGCAAGGCCAUGGCUCCCUACAACCACAGCAGCCGAGAGCUGGGCCCCCCACCCGCCCCAGUGAGUGAAGGGGAGUUUGAGGAGAUCAUGAACAGGAACAGGGCCAUCUCCAGCAGCGCCAUAUCCAAGGCAGUGUCCGGCGCCAGCGCAGGUGACUACAGCGAUGCCAUAGAGACCCUCCUGACGGCCAUUGCUGUCAUCAAGCAGUCGCGUGUGGCCGGUGAUGAGCGGUGCCGGGUCCUCCUCUCGUCCCUCAAGGAUUGCCUGCAUGGCAUCGAGGCCAAGUCCUACAGCACCGGCGCCAGCGGCAGCUCCUCCAGGUGCCACCAGGAUGGGAGGAAGCGGCACCGAUCCCGGGAACGCUCUCCCAGCCGGUCCCGGGACAGCAGCCGGCGGCACCGGGAUGUGCUCCACAGCGAGGACAGGCACGAGGACUACUUCCAGGAUCGGAACCGGGAGCACGAGCGGCAUCGGGACAGGGACAGAGAGCGGGACCGGCACCACUGAGAGAGGAAUCUGGCAGGAAGUGGUUUUUAAUGGACUCGGAUCUCUCCCCUCACCCAGGAGGCUGCUCCAGCCUCCCACCCCAUCCCAGCUCCAUCCGGACACCCCAGGAAAGCUGUGGAGCAUCCCGACAGCCAGGCCUCCCACCGACACCUCGUGGCCUUGGGGCCGGAGCCCCUGCUCCCUGCUGCUUCCCAGAGGGAAUGGCAGCAUCCGGCUCAGCCUGCUCUGCUCCACGGACACUCGGACCCAAAGAGAAAUGGUGCUUUUCCUUCCAUGGAGGGAGGCUGUGCUGGGAAGGGGAUGGAUCCUUCCCGGGGUGCACGGAUCCCACUCCAUGCUUGGGGUUGCUGGAAGCGGUACCAGGGGCUCCCCAGCCUCCUGCCCCACAUCCUAUGGGGGUGUCCGUGUCCCCAUUGCCAGCACAGGCCCCCAUGCUGCUCCUUUCCCCCCUUAUCCUCCCUGCUCAGCCUAGGAGGGCUGGGAUGGGGGGGCUGGAGCAGAGCCUGGGGUCACCCCUUCCCUCUGCCCCACAUUCCAGGGCUCUCCUGCAGCACCUUCCUUGUUUUAGAGGAAGAGGAGGCAGCAGGGCAGGAUGCGACCCCCCCCCCCCAGGAUGUGCACCCUCCCUUAUCCCCCCAACCACCCUUCAAUGGGGCAGGGGGGGAUGUUCCCUAUACCCAAGGGGGCUGCCCCUCUCUCCAGGCUGUGUGGGGCUCCCAAGGGAAGCACCCAAGAAGGGCCGGGGCUCUGGAGGUCUUUUUACAUUGAAAUGACCCCAAAACAGCCUAAAAAACACCCC